AUCCAUGUUCUUCUUCCUCGCUUUUGUUUUCCCUAAUUUUAGGGUUGUUCUUCUGGGAAAAAGGUGAAAUCUUUUGAAGAAUACUCGUCGUUGUUGAAUUAAUCAAUUGUAAAAUGUCAUCGUUCAAGAAUGCUAUUCCUAGACGAGCUCACAAGGAGCGAGCUCAGCCACAAGCAAGGAAAAAAUUUGGGUUGCUUGAGAAACACAAAGAUUAUGUGGUACGGGCGACAGCAUUCCACAAAAAGGAGCAGGCUUUACAGAAACUCAAGGAAAAAGCAGCAUUUCGAAAUCCAGAUGAGUUCUACUUCAAGAUGGUUAAAACAAAAACUGUUGACGGAGUGCACAAAUUGGAGGGCCAAGCUAAUAAAUACACUCAGGAGGAACUCAUGUUAAUGAAGACUCAGGAUAUAGGCUAUAUUUUACAGAAAGUUCAGAGUGAGAAGAAGAAAAUUGAGAAGUUAACUGCCAUGCUGCACUCGCUUGAUAAUCAGCCAUCAAAUAGACGUGUCUUCUAUGCCGAAGACAGGGAGGAAGCAGAAGAGCUAGCGUCUAAAGCUUCAGAACGUAGCAAUCUGGCUGCUUCUGGGAACUUGCCUAGCAGUAUUAGAAGGAAGACAGCUACAUCUUACAGAGAGUUGGAAGCAAGAAAGAGCAGAGUAAGAGAUUUAGAGAAAGUAUACAUGGAUAUGGCAAUGCAGAAAGAAUUACAGAAAUCGGGAAGGAAGCGCAAACUUCGUGAAGAAGAGCUUGUUAACCCAACAACCAAACCUGUCUACAAGUGGAGACAAGAACGUAAACGAUGAGAAUUUUUAUGUUGUAAUACAUGCACGAUGAAGUUUUUUGGAUGGUCAUAUCAAGGUUGAACAGUUGCCUAGUUGGCUUUAUCGGGUAUUGAAGCUCUACAAUAUUUUGAGUUGCUUCUGUCAGGGUGAAAUCUUAUAUGCAUUGUUCUCUUCGAGAAAUCUGAAGUAGAUGGUUAUUUUAUCAUGAAUCAUAUUGUUGAAAAUCUUAUAACUUUUUUAUAGAAUAUUAAGAUUAUUAGCAA